AUGGCUGAAAGUGCACUUCGAUACGAGCGAGAAAAUCGAAAACGAAUUAUGGUCAGCCGACCUGAACGUGAAAUGAGCGCGAAGCCAUUAACAUGGCACGUUGGCGCUGAUGGUCUGGAGCUUCUACGAAAACAAGCUGCAGAGCUUGAUGACAAAGGACUGUCCAAGGAAGGCGUGCAGGAAACAAGUGAGCUUUUUGCUUCUGAAAAUAUCGCCAUUAUCGAAUCGGAUGCUGCCAAACGCAUAAUAAAAAAAGAAAAGGUUCCCAUCGAAUGGGGUGAAGAAGCUCAUGGGAAGGAGCAUUGGAAAUGGAACUAUCAGUUAGGAUCUAACAAUUAUUCCAGAAAAUGUCUAUAUCUGUGA